AUGGCGGCAGUGUUUCAAGCCUCACUGCAGUAUCAGGAUGGAGGUGAGGACAUCCUCGAUCGAGGAAAUUGGCAGAAGCUGCUUGAGCUCGUGAGAGCGGAGGCGGAGGCUCCUGAGGGACGGGGGCCAAACGGCCGAGCGAAGCGAAGCAGCGUGCAAGUGGUCCUGUCAAACUUGAACUCA